CUAGUCUGAUAUUGGAAUGAACCAUCGUGUGUGUGCACACAAAGUUCAUUCAAGACGGUGGCAUGUUGUUGUUAGUUUUGUAUUGACACGUCUCAUACUAGAAACAAAAUGGCAACGAUGGAGGAGCUGAAACUUCAAAUUGAAACCCUGCAGAGCGAGCUAUGCAAGCUAAAAGCGACUUCGGCCGGUGGUGCCAGAGAGAAGAUAGAAAAAAUGUCCUCCGAGGUGGUAGAUUCAAAUCCCUACAGUCGACUCAUGGCAUUGCAGCGUAUGGGCAUUGUGAGCGAAUACGAAAGGAUUCGACAGAAAAGCGUUGCCGUUGUAGGAGUUGGUGGCGUAGGCAGUGUGACUGCCGACAUGUUAACCCGCUGCGGUAUCGGAAAGCUCAUCUUAUUCGAUUACGACAAGGUAGAAUUGGCCAAUAUGAACAGACUUUUCUUCACACCCGACCAAGCUGGACUCUCCAAGGUGGAGGCGGCGGCAAAGACCUUAAACUUCAUCAAUCCUGACGUUAAAAUUUUGACCAACAAUUACAAUAUUACAACGGUUGAAUCCUUCGAUAAGUUUUUGAAUGCCAUCAAAACGGGAGGUAUUGAAGAGGGUACUCCAGUAGACUUAAUACUGAGCUGUGUGGAUAAUUUCGAAGCCCGUAUGGCCAUCAAUACGGCAUGCAAUGAGCUUUCGCUCAACUGGUUUGAGUCAGGAGUGUCUGAAAAUGCCGUAUCCGGACACAUUCAGUUCAUUCGUCCUGGAGAUACUGCAUGUUUUGCUUGUGCCCCUCCCCUCGUAGUAGCCGAAAAUAUCGACGAAAAAACUCUGAAAAGAGAAGGCGUCUGCGCUGCCAGUUUACCAACUACGAUGGGCAUUGUUGCGGGAAUGCUGGUCCAAAAUACCCUUAAGUAUUUAUUAAACUUCGGAACCGUGUCCGAUUACCUGGGUUACAACGCGCUGAUUGAUUUCUUCCCGAAAAUGAGCCUGAAACCGAACCCAACUUGCGACGACCGGUUUUGUAUUGAUCGGCAGAAGGACUAUGCAGCGCGCCCCAAGGAAGAACGGGUCGAAGAAGUCCCUGAGGAGGAAACACCGCUUCACGAGGAGAACCUCUACGGUAUCGAGCUUGUUGCGGAAGACGAUACGCAAGGUUCUCAGCCAAGUACUGGAACAACCCAUUCCAUUUCAACUGGUUUGAAACUGGCCUACGAACCACCAGCAUCUACGAAACAUUCCGAAACUACAUCUACCACUGCUGUGAGCGACGAUGUUAGCCUAGACGAACUUAUGGCACAAAUGAAAUCGAUGUAAAGCUUGGUUGUAAUGAUUGACGAUUUGUUGUAUUAUUUGCAUUUUGUUCUAAUAAAUUUGAUUCUAUUUACAUAUA